AUGGAUUCAGAUCAAGGGAAGCUGUUUAUUGGAGGGAUAUCAUGGGAAACAGAUGAGGAGAAGCUGAAGGAGUAUUUCCAAGGCUAUGGUGAGGUUUUGCAAACUGUGGUUAUGAGGGAUAAACUCACUGGUAAGCCCAGAGGAUUUGGAUUUGUUGUAUUCGAAGAUCCAAAUAUUCUUGAUAGGGUCCUUCAAGAUACACAUGUCAUUGAUAACCGCACGGUUGAGGCAAAGAGAGCUUUAUCAAGAGAUGAACAGCAAACUUCAAAAGCUGGAAGUUUUAGUGCUUCUAGAAACUUUGGAAGUGGUGAGAGUACUAGGACAAAGAAGAUAUUUGUUGGGGGAUUGCCCUCAAAUAUUGAUGAAGAAGGAUUCCGUCAUUAUUUUGAAGCUUAUGGAACCGUAACUGAUGUUGCAAUAAUUUAUGAUCAGCAGACCAACCAACCUCGUGGAUUUGGGUUUAUUUCAUUUGAUUCUGAGGAUGCAGUAGAUAGAGUUUUACACAAGACUUUUCACGAUUUAAAUGGUAAGCAAGUGGAAGUGAAGCGUGCUCUUCCUAAAGAUGCCAACCCAGGUGGCAGUGGCCGUUCCAUGGGUGGUGGAACUGGCAGCCGCGGCAGUUAUCAGGGAUAUGGUCCUCCUGCUGGCAAUACAAACUCCUAUGAUGGUCGAAUGGAUUCCAACAGGUACAUGCAGUCUCAAAAUGCUGGAGGUGGUUAUCCACCAUAUGGCCCAUCGGGUUACAUUGCUUCUGGUUAUGGAUAUGGUCCUGCCACUAAUGGCAUGGGUUAUGGUGGCUAUGGAAAUUACGGAGGUGGGAAUUCUGUAUAUGGUGGUCUUUCAGGCUCGGUUUAUGGAAAUCCUAGUGCUGGUUAUGGUGGUGCUCCAGUAAAUGCUCCCCGAAGUUCUUGGGGUUCACAGGCUCCCUCUGGAUAUGGGAAUCUGAGCCAUGAAAGUUCUCAAUGGGGGAGCGGUGGCCUGGGUAGAGGUGGGAUCGCUACUGGUCAAUCUCCUAGUGGAGCUUCUGGAUAUGGAAAUCAGAGUUAUGGUUAUGGCAGAAUUGACGAAGCUUAUGGUAACUAUGGGGCUAUCGGCGGUCAUCCAGGAAGUGGUCCAAAUGGCCAUGCAUCCGCAGGAGAGGGACAAGCAGGUACUGGCAGUUAUGAUGCUAGUGGUAAUCUAGGAUAUGAAAACUCAGGAUGGCAAUCUGAUCCUGUACAGGGCUCUGGCAAUUUUGGGCAACAAUCAAAUGGGCCUAACGAUGGCCAAGUUGGGUAUGGUGGUGGGUAUGGUAGUGCACCAGCUCGACCGGGUCAGCAGCAGUGA